AUGGCACCGAUAUUUGAUCUUGUGCGAGAUAUCAACGUCACGAAGACUAGCUGGGCGCUGGAAGUGCGUGUUAUCCGCGUUUACGAGCUGCUGAAGUUCACAAAUCCGAAAACAUAUAGCUUGGAGUUCAUUUCACAUGACAGUAAAAUCUAUAUCUUCAAGCAUUUCAAUGAUAUUUUGAAUGCAACUAAUGUUAAUAAUUCUGAGUUGUUCGAUGUUAUUGGAGAGGUAGUUGGUAGAGACGUGCCAAAAACUAAGGAAGUUUCCGAGCGAAUGGCGAAGCUCAUAGACAUCGAGAUCGAGGACCUUGAGAAAAAUCAGCUUCCGUGUACGUUAUGGGGUGACUUCGUUGACGAAGUUGAUGCUAAGUUAGCUGAAAAUAAUGGAGAACCUGUAAUUCUAUUGCUACAAAUGUGUCGUGCAAAGGGUUUGAAUGGGGUAUAUAGAGUCUGCAACACAUUUCACGUAACUAAAAUGAUAAUCAACGGUAGUUGUGACGAGGUGACUGAUUUUCGUAGCAAGCUGUUGGAUGGAAUGGAAACAAGCUCUCAAAGAGUCAGUCUCCUAUCUUCGUCUACUGUUUACACGGUGUCAGGUGAUCUUGAGAUGGGGAAUGCUGAAAUUAGAACCAUUGACCAAUUAACAUCCGCUGGGGAGGUAAAAUAA